AUGGCUCAGUUCAACAUCACCCUCAAGAAGGACGCUCCCAAGGAGGAGCUCGAGGCAGCAAAGAAGCACGUCACCGACCAGGGCGGCAAGAUCGUCAAUGAGUUCACCCUCAUCAAGGGCUUCACUGCUGAGAUUCCCGACGACGCCGUCUCAACCCUUGAGUCCAACGAGCACGUCACCGUCGAGAAGGACGCCGAGGUCCGUACGCAAUAG